AUGAGGAGGCGAGCGACGAGGAAAUUAGCAGCAGAGGCAGCGUUUCUAGCAUCACGUCGGCCUGAGACGCCAGCUGAAGCGGCGGCGGCGGCGGCGGCGGCGGCAGAAAGUCCGACGCUAUCGCCGGCUGAAUCUCCUGCAUCACAAUUCGCUUUAAAUUUCAGCGGAUUGCGCGAUAUUGCGGAAGCCUUGAAGAGAAGCAACAAAAAUAGCAGUGCAGGUACAUCGGGAAUUAAGCGGAUGCAACCAACUGGAUUGUCUCCAUCUCUGAAGAGUGUAAACACGAUCUCAGAUCUGAAGGAAAUGGUCUCAACUAAUGUGGACUCGCUCAAGCGCCGACUGGAAAGAUCGCAUUCCGAGAUUUUGAAGGAUAUUGAGGCAUCGCACUGUCGCCUUCAGAAACGCUUCAAGAUUCAAACUCAAGCUUGUCAACAAGUAAUGGAUGAAGCCGAGAAAGAGUACAAGAACAUGUCUGAACAAAUUAAUGAAGGACGAAAAGCAAUGAAGGCUUCAUUUGCCGAGUUUAUAGCAGAUGCUCAGCACAAUGCAUCUCGUCGUAAGUCCUACUCCUUCAUAAGAAAAUAUGCUGACCAUAAUUUAACCAUGUUAUGUAAGCAUUGA